AAUGGCGGAUGCACGUAUUCCAAAAAAUUUCAAGAAAAGUGCUCAUAUUUUCAUUGAAUUUGUUGUAAUUAUCUCAUUAUUUCAUGUUCAAAUUAUGUAUGUUGAAUCGAAAGUACAUGAAGCAACUGAACAAAUGAACAGAUCUGAAAAUGGAAGGGCUCAUCGACCGUUAUCCACUUCAAAACCGCUGAUCAAUCAUUUGUCCACGACAAACAACCUGUUGAAGACCAGACUCGUCCCAGACUUCGAUUUGGCUGAUACAGGUUUAGUCUCGUCCUCUCCUGCACUUGAACGUGUGGAAACUUGGUGCAAAGCCUACAUGAAUGCAUAUUCUAUAGCGGCAGCAACUUUCUUUGGGUGUGCCAUUCGUAAUGCCAGGCCAUUGACAUUUUGUGAGAACUGCGUCCAGGAUUACGAAAAAGUCAUUAAUCUCAUGACGGAGAUUGUCAACCAGGAUAAAGUCCGUCCAGCUGACCCUGAUAGUAUGCCACCAGGCUCCUGUAUGAAUAGCUUGCUCAGCUCUGACACUAUCAAUAUUGUUGGAACUACGAAUGACUUCAUCAACCAACUCUGGAAAGAUUCUUAUUGUGAUGAUUGCUUUAAUCAUAAACUUGUCAAUGGUACAGUCGAAUAUGAUGUUGCCAACUCCACACUUGAAUUCGAACGCAAGUACAAUGAGACGUCCCACUGCAUUGAAAAUUUUAUCGAGACACCUGUUGAAGGUAUUAGAACUAAUACAGAAUUCAAUCGAACCGCCUGUGAUACAUGUUUAGACUUGUAUGAUGAACUGAAUGACUAUUAUGCCGAACUGAAGCAUCAUGGUGGGAUAUGUAUGGAUAUAGUUGAUACUAUGAAUUACACCAGAAAUCUGUGGAGUAAGAAAUUCAAAUGCACAUACCAACAAAAGGACCUUGCUGCUGUUCUCACAGUAACCGGGGUGUUUUGUCUCCUGCCUAUAGUAUUCUAUUCAGCCGCAAAACUUCACAGUGCUCAACCACACAUGAAAAUAUUGAAGCAGAGAAGAAUGAGCAAAUCCCAGAGUACUCGGGCACUAAAGUCCCCCCUGCGCUCUACCUCUGAUGUUUCAAGUCAACCUACAAUCUUACUGUCAUCCGAGGAUGAACAGACAAAUGUCGAAGUACAUGAACAGACAAGGACUCGAAAUGAAAAUGCUGAUGAAACAGGAGGAGACCCAAAAGACGAGGCAACUGCAUCAGCAAGUUCUGAGGAUAAACCAAAGGUGGCGUUUGAUAUAUAGACUUAGUCUCAUGUACUGCAUCCACUCAUUUAAGUGAGCCAUUAGUCCCAAAUGAAUGUGAUGAUGACUUAAAACUGUACUGCAGCUUACUUAAUUAGGAGGCUACAUUAUCACAUUGUGAUAGUUUUGCUUGUAAUGAAUAUAUAUUUCCAAUUUUUUUCUGGUGAUUCUUUUCUCCAACAUAUAGCAAGUCAGUUGGAAUAUUUACUAAUCUUCUAGUUUCUUUCUUCUUGCAUUUUAGUUGGUUGCAGUGAGUGGCAACAAGGGGUGUUGAUUAAGACCUUCUCAUGAAUAUAGUGUGCUGUACCAUAAACCACAUUAUAUUGGUAAAAAAUUACACAAAUUACCUUUUAGCACCAAACUUUAUAUUUUGCGUAUGUACAUAUAUAAUGUAUGUAUGGUAAUGUAUUCAUGAAGUUAUAUAUUGCAGGUCAGGUCAGGGCAGAUUACAACCUCAGGCCUUUCGAUUACAUCAUUUUCACACCGCUAUACGGUGUAGGAAAUUUGGCAUGUCCCCAAAUUAGGCCCUAAAAAAUGUCCCCAAAAUAGAAAAAAAAACAAAAAGUUUUUUUUUUUAAGGGUUAAUUUGACCCCCUGAAGCGUUUUUUGACACCUUAAAUGACCAAAUCUCAUCCUAAAUGGCCUAAUUUGAUACUUUUCAUCCUAAAAUUAUGAGUUUUCAGGUGCAUGUGACAAUGUCAGUCAAUAAGGACGUCGAUGUUCAGGCAAAUUGGCACGACGAAAUGUCCCCAAAUUAAGCUCAAAAGAAAAAAAAACAUGUCCCCAAAAAAGGCUAAAAAAAUACAGGGUGUAGAGGUCUCCAUGUAAUUGAAAGGACUGAACCUCUGCAAAAAUGUUCCAGGUUCCAGUAACUCUUUCCUUCAUCCCUCUGACAGUGAUAAAUGAACUUGGAUAAUAUGUUUUGUGCCAUCAAUAUCGAUCUAAAAUUCAUCUCGCUUGUCAGUCUUUGAGAUGAUCAAGUUGACACUCAGAGGUGUUUUACCCUCCAUUUCCUAAAAGCUAGCUAUUGGUCUGUAUGACCGCUUUGUGGUGCCCAGUGAGUGAGGGGACUGAGGGGGAGAAGGUUGAUGUAAAUAUGUUAUGCUCUCCUCCAUUGCACAAAUUGUACUUAGAUUUUAAAUAUUUGUUAAAUUUUAUGGCAUGUAUUAUGAUAUGAGAACCUUUUAAAAGAAUGUGGUGUGAUAUUUGAUUACAUUC